AUGACGUGCAUUUCAAAUUUCUUACUGAAUAAUUGCCCAUGUAGCCUUGAAUUAGUUUCUGAUCCCUCUUCGAAUUCGUUCGAAGUACCUGUGUAUUAUACAUGAUCGAUUUAAUUUAGGGCUACGUGUACAUUGAUUUUAGUCAAUAUUUUAUUAUAAACUCGUUUUUAAUUUUACCUUCAACAAUGGCUGAUCAGUAUGAUAAAUUGUCAUGGAGAGAAGUAAGAGAGCUGUUCAGAACAUGGAGAGAAGAUAGUGAACGAAGAAGUAAAGAUGUAGUUGAUUUGUGGGAAUCCAAAUUAAUGGCAAAAAUUGAUCAACUUGGCAGUGAGAAAUAUCUGGUUUUGGAACAAGUCUGUAUAGCUGCAUUGGAUUGUGCUCGUCAUGAUGUAGCAGAAUAUUGCAUUAAGAUACUAAAAAGAGCAUUUCCUAGCAGUUUAAGAGUCCAUAAAUAUUAUGCCAUGCAUCUGGAAGCUUUGGAAUUGUAUGAUGAAGCAUUAGAAGUUCUGGAUUCUAUUGUAAAGAGAGAUGAAACAAAUGCAGCACCAAGAAAAAGGCGUGUAGCUAUAUUAAAAGCAAAAGGUCGAAUAUCAGAAGCUAUUAAAGAGCUCACAGAAUAUUUAAAAAAAUUUAUGAGUGAUCAAGAAGCGUGGCAUGAAUUAUGUGACCUAUAUUUACAAGAACAAGAAUAUUCUAAGGCUGCAUUCUGUAUGGAAGAACUUAUACUGCAUAAUCCACAUAGUCAUUUAAUUUACCAAAGAUAUGCAGAAAUAAAAUAUUCUCAGGGUGGAUUCGAAAAUAUGGAAUUGGCAAAAGCAUACUUUUGUCAAGCUGCAAGAUUAAAUCCAAAUAACAUCAGAGCUUUGUAUGGUUUGCUAUUGGCAACAAAUAAUAUCGCUACAUCACCUAAAUGUCCGUCUUCUAAAAAGAAAGAUGCAAUAAAAUUAAGUGAAUGGGCAGCUAAUCAAAUUGAAAAACAAUAUGAAUCAAAAGUAUCAGAUGAAGAUAUCAAAGCACUCGAAGGAUUACUAGGACAAUUGCAACUCGAAGUUUAGAUAUACAAAUUUAUGUGUAUGUAUAUGUUUAAAUACUGUAAUAUAUGUAAAUGUACUAUUGUUCAUUCCUUGCAAUUUACACGCAUAUAUAUAAUUUAUUAUUUAAUACAGAUCUUUUUGACAA